AUGAUGUACACUCUUGUUGCUCACAUUACCACAGAAGUUCAGCCCCUUCAUCCCCUCCUGGAUUUCUGUAUUUAUCGACCAAAAUUAUCAUCAUUUCAAAGAAAAGUCUUGGUCAAAUACAACGUUUUAAUUCGUGUUGUCAUUUUCAGUCUGAGUUCGUUGUCAUUCGUUUCUUUACGUUUCCAUGUUUCCGUAGAUGAUAAUCUAUCAGUGCUGGCAUUUUUUAGUUUUGUUGGAAAAUUGGCAGAAGCUUUUACCCGUAAUAUAAGAGCUACUCAGGAGAUUAUAUUUCAUCAAACACACAUAAAAACAUUUCAUUGCAUCCUUUUCCUUUUCUCACAGAAAAGUAGACACAACUACAACAAGAUAAGAACUACACAGCUUCUAUGCUUUCAAAUAGAUACUAAACAUUCAUCGGCAAUCGAACGAUCGCAACAGCACUAAUGCAAGAGUAUGGUUUAGCCCACACUUUUAGAAAUUGAGAAGCUCACCCGAAUGUCGUGACUGUGAUCACGGAACACGACACUGAGACUCAUUCAUAUAGACGUUUUUCAUACGUCUUACUCUCAUCAGUAUCAAUCUCACCCCAGCAUGAUCCCCACCCAGGGGAUAAAAAUGAAUGAGAGGAACAAAAAGCAGUUCCUCUUUAGGGACAAACCUUGCUCGUGCUCGUGUGGUUAGAACCCUGUACAAGAUUUCGAGAGCUACUCUCACCCUUUUUUUUCCAACAUAUUUAAUUGUUUGAAGAAUCAAGUGAGUCUUGAAGAAUCAAGUGAUUCUUUUAUCCAUUAAUAUUAUUUUUUCCUAUCACCGACGGACGACACCAAUCGUUCAUCGGAUGAAGGCGAAUAGCGAAGUUGCAACACAACAAAUCACUUCGACACAAGAAUGGC